AUGCUCGUAUCCUCAGGACUCGCAGCCCUUGGCUACAUCUAUGUCAACAUCGAUGAUUGCUGGCAAGCAGACUCUCGAGACUCUGAGGGCCGCCUGGCACCAUCCCCGGACGCAUUCCCUUCGGGCAUCAAGGCGCUAGCAGAUUAUGUGCACAGCAAGGGGCUCAAGCUGGGCAUCUACUCCGACGCUGGCAUUCGCACGUGCGCACUCAAGCCGGGCUCACUGUGGCAUGAAGCAGUGGAUGCUGCCACCUUUGCUGAAUGGGGAGUGGAUUAUCUCAAGUACGACAACUGUUCCAAUGAUGGAAGUCCCAGCAAGAAGCGCUAUACGACCAUGCGCAAUGCGUUAGAGGCCACUGGGAGGGACAUUUUCUUCUCGAUGUGCGAAUGGGGACAGGAUCUCCCUGCUCUGUGGGCGUAUGGCGUGGCAGACACGUGGCGCACCACCCGUGACAUCGAGGACACGUGGAGCAGGUGGCCCUCUUGCAGCAUGAUGCGCAUUGCAGACAUCAACAACAAGUGCAUGUGCCAUCACAUGAUGCGCAUUGCAGACAUCAACAACAAGUGGGCCAAAUACGCCAAGCCAGGCGGGUGGAACGACCCGGACAUGCUGCAGGUGGGGAAUGGACACUCCCUCAUUCCCCCUAUCCCCAACCCACCUGGACAUGCUGCAGGUGGGGAACUGACUUCCCCUCUAACAUACCUCCCCCGUUUCCUCCCAACUCUGCCGUUGCUCUUCGUCCCCCACCCACCACCCUUGACAGACCCGGACAUGCUGCAGGUGGGGAAUGGCGGCAUGAGGGAUUCAGAGUAUCGUGUGCACUUCAGCCUCUGGGCCAUCAUGAAGGUACGAUGGGCCAUCAUGAAGGCUCCACUCACAGGCUCCACUCACAGGCUCCACUCACAGGCUCCCACCCACCCGCCUAUCUGCCACCAGGCGCCUCUCCUCAUUGGCUACGCCUUCCGCUUACGUCCUCCCACCAGGCACCCCUCCUGA